UUCCUCUGCUUCACCGUUCGGUGUAUAAUAAGACGUGGGUACCAAACCAGCGGUGACAUCAACCUAAGAAUACGGCCCGACUGCCCCUCGAAAUAUCUGCCUCAUCCUCUCCCGUCUCCGUCUUAUUCCUCCCCCUCCACCUAUAGUUUCGUCGUCUUCUAUCAUCGAUCAGCGACGCAUCGAGAGAUGCAUCAUCCGUGGCCUCCCCCCUCCUUCCGUCUUCUGCUUCCCUUCCUACUUUCCCUCUUCCUGUUUUCCUUACCACCUUCCUUCUCCGACGACGACUACCUCCCGCCAUACGAGGCAUGCUCCACGAGGCAAUUCCUCUGCGGAAGCCGCAACAUCAGCUUCUCCUACCCGUUCAGCCACCAAGAUAGUCAUCCUGAGUGUGGCUAUCCGGAUACUGCCCUCAGCUGCAAUUCCCCCGACUACGCCUUGACGAUUCACAUCGGCGAAAAGCAGUACCGAGUGAAGGAUGACAGCAUCGACUACGCCAACUACCACCUCACCGUCGUUGAUCAAGAUUUUGUUGGCAAUUCCUGUCCCCAGCCAUCUGAGAAUACCACUCUGGCUUUAGCGCCCUUCCAGUACACCGGUGACGACCUCAACGCCACCUUCUUCAUCGAUUGCCGCACCCACCUUCCCUCACCGCUCGUCAACAUCGAUUGCCUCCAAAGUAGCACUGCCGGAGGGUGGUCAUUCUAUUGGCUGGGAACUGGUAGCUUGCCUGAUGACGCGAUGAACGCGUGUGGAAGAUGGUUUGUGCAAGUUCCCAUGAAUCGGACGGCUUUCAAACAGUUGAUGGACGGAGACACGAAUUAUGCCGCAGCACUGCAGGAGGGAUUCACCUUGAGCUGGCCAGCGGGGAUCGGGGAGUGGUGCAGCGCUUGCAACGGGUCCGGCGGCGUGUGUGGAUACAACUCCUCAAAGCCGACCUGUUUCUGCUUCGAUGGCUCCGCUACAGAUGAUUUGUGCGACAAAACGGAGAUCGGGCGGUGGUGCAGCACUUGCUACAGGUCCGGUGGGGUGUGUGGGUACGAAUUCUCUCUGCCGACCUGUUUCUGCUCCGAUGGCUCCGCUACAGAUAGUUCGUGCGACAAAAAGGAAGAGUGGUGCAAUGAUUGCAACAGGUCCGGCGGGGUGUGUGGGUACAAGUUUCCAAAUUCGACCUGUAUCUGCUCAGAUGGCUCCCAUAGAGAUGGUUCGUGCGACAAAGGAUCUCGCACCAAGAAGAUUGUAAUUGGUGUUUCGGUCGGCGUGGGAGGCUUGUUGGUCAUAGUAACCUUCCUCGGUCUUUUCCUUUAUCGUCGCAAGAAGAGAAACCGGCUCUCUCCGGUUCUGCUGUCUCGAAGAGCCUCAUCUGAGCCAAUCAGCUCCAAGAAAGAUCCUGAAUUGGGCAAUGAACACUACGGCACCCAAGUUUUCGAGUACGAGGAGCUACACGAGGCCACCGAUGGCUUCGACGCCUCCAAUGAAGUUGGUGAUGGCGGCUUUGGCACUGUCUACAAAGGGAAGCUCCGGGAUGGUCGCACCGUGGCCAUCAAGCGAUUGUACGAGAACAACUUCAGGCGUGUCGAGCAGUUCAUGACUGAAGUCCACAUCCUUUCUUCCCUCCGACACCACAACCUUGUCAGCCUAUAUGGAUGCACCUCCCGCCACAGCCGCGAGCUCCUCCUCGUGUUCGAGUUUGUGCCGAAUGGGACGGUGGCGGACCACCUCCAUGGCCCCCGUGCGUGCGAAGAAGGGCUCCCGUGGCCUGUGAGGAUGAGCAUCGCAAUCGAGACCGCCCAGGCGCUCAGUUACCUCCACGCCGUCACGCCCCCGAUCGUACACCGGGAUGUCAAAACCAACAACAUCUUGCUCGACCGCAGCUUCCGUGUCAAAGUCGCCGACUUUGGAUUAUCCAGGCUCUUUCCGCUCAACGUCACGCAUGUCUCCACGGUUCCACAAGGCACGCCCGGGUACGUCGACCCUGAAUACCACCAGUGUUACCAGCUCACGGACAAGAGCGAUGUCUACAGCUUUGGGGUGGUGUUGGUGGAGCUCAUAGCCUCGAAGCCGGCCGUCGACAUCACUAGGCAUCGGCAUGAGAUUAAUCUGGCUAAAAUGGCCGUCAACAAGAUCCAGAACGAGGAGUUGGAUCAGUUGGUCGAUCCAAGACUCUGGCGGCAGUCCAACAGCGAAGUAAUUUGGAUGAUCAGAGAGGUGGCUGAAGUGGCAUUCGGGUGCUUGCAAGAAGAGAGGGACAUGAGGCCUACGAUGAAAGAGGUUCUGGAGGCACUGAGGGGGAUAGAGGGCAAGGGGAGCAACAGGAAGAAGGGUGCGGAAGCUGAUGAUGCCGUGGCCAAGGAUGAUGACCGCUCCUUCCUGGGGGAAAGGCCGCCACAUUCACCAGAUACUGUCAAUGCCGAAUGGGAAAGCAGGCUAACGACACCAAACGCUAGUGUUUGAGGAGGACGUACUCUGCUACUUUUCUGAUGAUUCUGUGUAAGCCACUUGCAUUGAGUUCUUAAUGAGAGCGAUAAUAAUCUUGGGAGAUUGACGACUCUCAUAAUUUUUCGAGUGCCCUGAAGAGUUCUACCGUAGAUUAAUGUUUGACUUUCGAUCUCCUGUUGGAGAGGAAAGGUUUCUUUUCUUUGCUUUAAUGUUUCAGACUCUGUAAAAAUGGGAAGACCGACCGAAUCACUAUUUUUAUCUUCUUC